UAAAAGGCUGUUGCUGCCUGGCCCUCAUAGAGCUCCUCGGUCCGGCGCUGCAGUAGCGCGAGGUGUCCACGGGGUGGCGCCACCGCGCCGCCGCCCGGCCUCCAGGGUGGAGUUUAAGCCGCGCGCAGCGAGCGAGAAGCGGAUAGGGAGGAACUCACAAGAAGUCUCUGGCUUCCCCCUCUGGCUCCAAAGCUUCGCUCUCUCUCCGGAAUAAACCCAAAACUCCUUCCACUACUUUCGGGUCUUCAAAGUCCUGAGGGGCCGCCGGCGGGAGAGGAUUCGCGCGCGCAGCCAGAGACAAACAUCCAUCCCUCAGCUGACGGCCGGAGGGCUGUCGCCAAACACACUCCUUCACAUCAGGUGAGUCGGGCGCGGUGCGCAGCAGCAGUCAUGGUGGCCCUGUCCUUAAAGAUCGGCGUGGGCAGCGUGGUGAAGACGAUGCAGUUCGAGCCGUCCACCAUGGUGUACGACGCCUGCCGCAUCAUCAGGGAGCGGGUUCCCGAGGCGCAGCUCGGACAGCCCAAUGACUACGGGCUGUUCCUGUCCGAUGAAGACCCAAAGAAAGGCAUCUGGCUGGAGGCAGGCAAGGCGCUGGACUACUACAUGCUGAGGAAUGGGGACAAUCUGGAGUACAAGAAGAAGCAGCGGCCUCUGAAGAUCCGCAUGCUGGACGGCACGGUGAAGACCGUCAUGGUGGACGACUCCAAGAUCGUCAGCGACAUGCUGAUGACCAUCUGCGCUCGGAUAGGCAUCACCAACUACGACGAGUACUCGCUGGUCAGGGACCUCCUGGAGGACAAGAAGGAGGAGAGCACCGGGACGCUGAGGAGGGACAAGACGCUGCUGAGGGACGACAAGAAGAUGGAGAAGCUGAAGCAGAAGCUGCACACGGACGACGAGCUGAACUGGCUGGACCACGGCCGGACGUUGAGGGAGCAGGGCGUGGAGGAGACGGAGAUGCUGCUGCUGAGGAGGAAGUUCUUCUACUCGGACCAGAACGUGGACUCCAGAGACCCGGUCCAGCUCAACCUGCUCUACGUACAGGCCCGUGACGACAUCCUCAACGGGUCCCACCCCGUCUCCUUCGAUAAGGCCUGUGACUUCGCUGGUUUUCAGUGUCAGAUCCAGUUCGGCGAUCACAACGAGACCAAACACAAGCCCGGCUUCCUGGAUCUGAAGGAGUUCCUGCCCAAAGAGUACAUCAAGCACAAAGGAGAGAAGAGGAUCUUCCAGUCGCACAAAAACAGCCAGAACAUGACGGAGAUCGAGGCCAAGGUCAGCUACGUGAAGCUGGCCCGGUCCCUGAAGACCUACGGGGUCUCCUUCUUCCUGGUCAAGGAGAAAAUGAAGGGCAAGAACAAGCUGGUGCCGCGGCUGCUGGGCAUCACCAAGGAGUGCGUGAUGAGGGUGGAGGAGAAGACCAAGGAGGUGAUCCAGGAGUGGAACCUCACCAACAUCAAGCGCUGGGCCGCCUCCCCCAAGAGCUUCACCCUGGACUUCGGGGACUACCAGGACGGGUACUACUCGGUCCAGACCACCGAGGGCGAGCAGAUCGCUCAGCUCAUCGCCGGCUACAUCGACAUCAUCCUGAAGAAGAAAAAAAGCAAAGACCACUUCGGGCUGGAGGGAGACGAGGAGUCCACCAUGCUGGAGGACUCUGUGUCCCCCAAGAAGUCCACGGUGCUGCAGCAGCAGUUCAACAAGGUGGGCCGGGUGGAGACGGGCUCCGUGGCGCUGCCGGCCAUCAUGCGCUCGGGGGCCGGCGGGCCGGAGAGCUUCCAGAUGGGCUCCAUGCCGCAGGCCAAGCAGCACAUCACCAGCGGACAGAUGCACCGCGGACACAUGCCGCCUCUGACUUCAGCCCAGCAGGCGCUGACCGGGACCAUCAACUGCAGCAUGCAGGCGGUGCAGGCGGCCCAGGCCUCGCUGGACGACCUCGACACGCUGCCCCCGCUGGGCACCGACGCUGCGUCUCAAGCUUGGCGUAAAAACAAGAUGGACGAGUCCAAACACGAGAUCCACUCCCAGGUGGACGCCAUCACAGCGGGCACCGCCUCCAUGGUCAACCUCACUGCAGGCGACCCGGCGGAGACGGACUACACGGCGGUGGGCUGCGCCGUCACCACCAUCUCCUCCAACCUGACGGAGAUGUCGAAGGGCGUGAAGCUGCUGGCGGCGCUCAUGGAGGACGAGGGCGCCAACGGGCAGCAGCUGCUGGGCGCCGCCAAGAACCUGGCGUGUGCCGUGUCCAACAUGCUGAAGACCGCGCAGCCCGCCAACACCGAGCCGCGUCAGAUCCUGCUGCAGGCGGCCGGCAACGUGGGCACGGCCAGCGGCGAGCUGCUGUCCCACAUCGGGGAGACGGACACCGACCCGCAGUUCCAGGACAUGCUGAUGCACCUGGCGAAGGCCGUGGCGAACGCCGCCGCCGCCCUGGUGCUCAAGGCCAAGAACGUGGCCCAGAAGACGGAGGACUCGACCCAGCAGAACCGGGUCAUCGCCGCGGCCACGCAGUGCGCCCUGUCCACGUCUCAGCUGGUCGCCUGCACCCGGGUGGUGGCGCCGACCAUCAGCUCCCCGGUGUGCCAGGAGCAGCUGAUCGAAGCCAGCAAGCUGGUGGCCAAGUCGGUGGAGGGCUGCGUGGAGGCGUCGCAGGGCGCCACCGGCGACGAGGGCCUCCUGAAGCAGGUGGGCGUGGCCGCCACGGGCGUCACGCAGGCGCUCAACGAGCUGCUGCAGCACAUCAAGCAGUACGCCAGAGGGGGGCACCCCAUCGGGCGCCACGGCGAGGCCACGGACCGCAUCCUGGACGUCACCGAGAACAUCUUCAGCUCCAUGGGCGACGCCGGUGAGAUGGUGCGCCAGGCCCGGAUCCUCGCCCAGGCCACGUCCGAUCUGGUCAACGCCAUCAAGAUGGACGCCGAGGGCGAGUCGGACCUGGAGAACUCGCGCAAGCUGCUGUCGGCCGCCAAGCUGCUGGCGGACGCCACCGCCAAGAUGGUGGAGGCCGCCAAGGGUGCAGCGGCGAACCCCGACAGCGAGGAGCAGCAGCAGAAGUUGCGAGAGGCCGCCGAGGGUCUCCGCAUGGCCACCAACGCCGCCGCCCAGAACGCCAUCAAGAAACGUCUGGUCAACAAACUGGAGAAUGCAGCCAAGCAAGCGGCAGCGGCCGCCACUCAGACCAUCGCCGCCGCCCAGCACGCCGCCUCGUCCAAUAGGAACCAGGCGGCCCAGCAGCAGCUGGUGCAGAGCUGCAAGGUGGUGGCGGAGCAGAUCCCUCAGCUGGUCCAGGGGGUCCGAGGCAGCCAGUCUCAGCCCGACAGCCCCAGUGCUCAGCUGGCCCUCAUCAGCGCCAGCCAGAACUUCCUGCAGCCUGGUGCUAAGAUGGUGGCCUCCUCUAAAGCCACGGUCCCUAACAUCGGGGACCAGGCCUCAGCCAUGCAGCUCAGCCAAUGUGCCAAGAACCUGGCCAGCGCCCUGGCUGAGCUCCGGGCCACAUCCCAGAAGGCUCAGGAGGCGUGCGGCCCGCUGGAGAUCGACAACGCUCUGUCCACGGUGAGGGAUCUGGAGAAGGACAUCCAGGAAGCCAAGGCGUCGGCCGAGGAGGGCAAACUGAAGCCGCUGCCCGGAGAGACGCUGGAGAGAUGCUCCCAGGAUCUGGGCACCAGCACGAAGGCCGUGAGCGCCGCCAUGGCUCAGCUGCUGAGUGAGGCCACGCAGGGCAACGAGAACUACACGGGCAUGGCGGCCAGAGACGUGGCUCAGGCUCUGAGGUCGUUGGCCUCGGCCGCCAGAGGAGUCGCCGCCACCACGGCCGACCGGGCGGCGCGCAACGCGCUGCUGGACUGCGCCGCGGACGUCAUGGACAAGUCCGGCAACCUGAUCGAGGAGACCAAGAGGGCCAUCGCCAAGCCGGGGGACGCCGAGAACCAGCAGCGGCUGGUCCAGGUGGCCAAGGCCGUGUCUCAGGCCCUCAACAGGUGUGUGAACUGCCUCCCCGGCCAGAGAGACGUGGACAACGCCAUCCGCUCCGUGGGCGAGGCCAGCAAGACCCUGCUGUCCGACUCCUUCCCGUCCAGUGGGAGGAGCUUCCAGGAGGUCCAGGCUCAGCUCAACGAGGUGGCUGCCGGUCUCAACCAGUCCGCCAACGAGGUGGUCCAGGCGUCCAGGGGGACGACCCAGGACCUGGCCAGGGCCACCAGCAAGUUCGGACAGGACUUCAGCAACUUCCUGGACGCCGGAGUCGACAUGGCCGGAACAUCUCAGUCUAAAGAGGACCAGACGCAGGUGGUCUCCAACCUGAAGACCAUCUCCAUGUCCUCCAGCAAGCUGCUGCUGGCAGCCAAAGCCCUGUCCACCGACCCCAGCUCCCCCAACCUCAAGAACCAGCUGGCAGCCGCCGCCAGGGCCGUGACGGACAGCAUCAACCAGCUCAUCACCAUGUGCACCCGGCAGGCUCCCGGGCAGAAGGAGUGUGACAAUGCUCUCAGAGAGCUGGAGUCGGUGAGGGGGAUGCUGGAGAACCCGACGGAGGCCAUCAACGACCUGUCGUACUUCGACUGCAUCGACAGCGUCAUGGAGAACUCAAAGGUCCUGGGUGAGUCCAUGGCUGGCAUUUCACACAACGCCAAGAACUCCAACCUGCCGGAGUUCGGCGACUCGGUCAGCAGCGGCUCCAAAGCUCUGUGUGGUCUGACGGAGGCAGCUGCUCAGGCCGCCUACCUGGUGGGGGUCUCGGACCCCAACAGCUCGGCGGGCCAGAAGGGCCUGGUGGACCCCUCCCAGUUCGCCCGGGCCAACCAGUCCAUCCAGAUGGCCUGCCAGAACCUGGUGGACCCGGCCUGCACCCAGUCCCAGGUGCUCUCUGCCGCCACCAUCGUGGCCAAGCACACGUCGGCGCUCUGCAACGCGUGCCGCCUGGCCUCCUCCAGGACGCCCAACCCGGUGGCCAAGCGGCAGUUCGUCCAGUCGGCCAAGGAGGUGGCCAACACCACCGCCAACCUCGUCAAGUCCAUCAAGGCUCUGGACGGAGCCUUCAACCAGGAGAACAGGGAAAAGUGUAAGGCCGCCACCGGGCCGCUGAUCGAGGCCGUGGACAACCUCACGGCCUUCGCCUCCAACCCCGAGUUCGCCAGCAUCCCUGCUCAGAUCAGCCCCGAGGGCCACGCAGCCAUGGCGCCCAUCGUGGUGGCAGCCAAGACGAUGCUGGAGAGCUCCACCGGGCUGAUCCAGACGGCCCGCUCCCUGGCCGUCAACCCCAAAGACCCCCCCAAGUGGUCGGUGCUGGCGGGUCACUCCAGAACCGUGUCCGACUCCAUCAAGAAGCUCAUCACCAACAUGAGGGAGAAGGCCCCGGGCCAGAGGGAAUGUGACGACGCCAUCGAGGUUCUGAACGGCUGCAUCCGGGAGGUGGACCAGGCGUCGCUGGCCGCCAUCAGCCAGCAGCUCACACCCCGAGAAGACAUCUCCAUGGAGACGCUCCAUCAGCAGAUGGCCGCCUCGGUCCACGAGAUCAGUAACCUGAUUGACCCGGUGGCGGUGGCCGCCGGCUGCGAGGCGUCCCUGCUGGGCCACAAGGUGUCUCAGAUGGCCAGCUACUUUGAGCCGCUCAUCAUGGCCGCCAUCGGCACAGCGUCCAAGAUCGUGAGCAGCCAGCAGCAGAUGGCGGUCCUGGACCAGACCAAGACCCUCACGGAGUCGGCCCUGCAGAUGCUCUACACCGCCAAGGAGGCCGGAGGGAACCCCAAGGCGGCUCACAUGCAGGAGGCUCUGGAGGAGUCGGUGCAGAUGAUGAAGGAGGCCGUGGACGACCUGGGCGCCACUCUCGCGGAGGCGGCCAGCGCGGCGGGCGCCGUGGGCGGCAUGGUGGAGUCCAUCAACGACUCCAUCAACAAGAUGGAAGACACGUAUUGUCUGGAGCCUGAAGGCACCUUCGUGGACUACCAGACCACCAUGGUCAGGACCGCCAAGGCCAUCGCCAUCACGGUGCAGGAGAUGGUGACCAAGUCUAACACCAACCCCGAUGACCUCGGCGGAUUGGCCAACCAUCUCACCAACGAGUUUGGAAAUCUGGCCAACGAGGCCAAAUAUGCAGCCGUGACGGCCGAGAACGACGAGAUCGGCUCCCACAUCAAGAAGCAGGUGGGCGAGCUGGGCUUCAGCUGCACGGGCCUGGUGACCAAAGCCGGAGCGCUGCAGUGCAGCCCCAACGACUCGUUCACCAAGAAGGAGCUGAUCGAGAGCGCCCGCAAGGUCUCCGAGAAGGUGUCCCACGUGCUGGCGUCCCUGCAGGCCGGUAACCGUGGCACCCAGGCCUGCAUCACGGCGGCCAGCGCCGUGUCCGGGAUCAUCGCCGACCUGGACACCACCAUCAUGUUCGCCAGCGCCGGCUCGCUGAACCGCGAGAACGCCGAGACCUUCGCCGACCACAGAGAGUACAUCCUGAAGACGGCCAAGGCUCUGGUGGAGGACACCAAGCUGCUGGUGUCUGGAGCCGGAGCCAGCCAGGAGAGGCUGGCCCAGGCGGCCCAGUCCUCCGUGUUCACCAUCACCAAACUGGCCGACGUGGUGAAACUGGGAGCCGCCAGUCUGGGUUCUGAAGACCCAGAGACACAGGUGGUCCUGAUUAACGCCGUGAAGGACGUGGCCAAAGCUCUGGGGAACCUCAUCAGCGCCACCAAGGGGGCCGCGGGGAAACCUCACGACGACCCCAGCAUGCUGCAGCUGAAGAACUGCGCCAAGGUGAUGGUGACCAACGUGACGUCCCUCCUGAAGACGGUGAAGGCGGUGGAGGAUGAGGCCACGAAGGGGACCCGAGGUCUGGAGGCCACCAUCGAACACAUCAAGCAGGAGCUGACGGUGUUCAACAGCUCCGAGCCGCCGCCGUCGACGACCACGCCGGAGGAGUUCAUUCGCAUGACUAAAGGCAUCACCAUGGCGACGGCGAAAGCAGUGGCUGCUGGGAAUUCUUGUCGCCAGGAGGACAUCAUCGCCACGGCGAACCUGAGCCGGAGGGCCAUCGCCGACAUGCUGCACUCCUGCAAGCAAGCCGCCUACCACCCCGAGGUCAGCAAGGAGGUCCAGACCAGAGCUCUGCGCUUUGGGAACGAGUGUGCCUGUGGAUACCUGGGCCUGCUGGAGCACGUGCUGGUGAUCAUCCAGAAGCCGUCCCAUGAGCUGAAGCAGCAGCUGGCCAACUACUCCAAGCGGGUGGCCGGCUCCGUCACGGAGCUCAUCCAGGCCGCCGAGGCCAUGAAAGGCGGCGGGUUGAAGCAGACCCGAGCCACGGUCACCAGCAAGGAGAGACGGCUGAGGAGCAGCGGCGGUGCAGCUGCCAAGAAGCUGGAGCAGCUGAGGCCCCGGACCAAGCCCAAGGAGGCGGAUGAGAGCCUGAACUUCGAGGAGCAGAUCCUGGAAGCGGCCAAGUCCAUCGCAGCUGCCACCAGCGCUCUGGUGAAGGCCGCCUCGGCAGCGCAGAGGGAGCUGGUGGCUCAGGGGAAGGUUGGAGCGAUCCAGGCCAACGCCGUGGACGACGGCCAGUGGUCUCAGGGCCUGAUUUCAGCUGCUCGCAUGGUGGCGGCGGCGACCAACAACCUGUGCGAGGCGGCCAACUCCGCGGUGCAGGGCCACGCCAGCGAGGAGAAGCUCAUCUCGUCGGCCAAGCAGGUGGCGGCCUCCACCGCCCAGCUGCUGGUGGCCUGCAAGGUCAAGGCGGACCAGGACUCCCAGACCAUGAAGAGGCUCCAGGCUGCUGGAAACGCCGUGAAGAGGGCCGCCGACAACCUGGUGAAGGCGGCGCAGAAAGCGGCAUUCGACGCUCAGGACGACCAGGCCGUGGUGGUCAAGAGCCGGAUGGUGGGCGGCAUCGCUCAGAUCAUCGCCGCUCAGGAGGAGAUGCUGCGUAAGGAGCGCGAGCUGGACGACGCCCGCAGGAAGCUGGCCACCAUCCGGCAGCAGCAGUACAAGUUCCUCCCCUCGGAGCUGCGUGAGGACGGCCAGGAGCAGUGAGGGAGGCGCGCGCGACGCUCAAAUCCUUCCCCCUCCCCCCGGCGUGAAGCAAGAGGAGGCGUCACCUUCUGUUUCCCGUAUUUAAUUAAAAAAGUCAAAACGAUGCCAAUGAUUAGGAAUUUUGAUGAUACAGAAAUUAUUUUUACGGCUUUUUUUGAUUAUAUAUGAUCAAAUACUUUCCAAUAUAUCUUGUUUUCUGGAUUAUAUGUUUGUUUUUUGUUGUGUACAUGCUACGUUGCUUCGUAAAAUUGAUAAAAUCCUGCCAAUGACUUUUGGCUCGUCUUCACCGAUAGGACGUUUAUAUUUUAGAGACGUGGAGGCGGAGCACAAUUAAGCUUUCUAUGCAAACUGUGCAUAAUCUAUGCAAAUGUGCUAUGCAGACGUGUGUGUGCGUAUGUGUGUGUGUGUGUGUGUGUGUGUGUGUAUCUUUCAAGUGACCACAUUGACGGCGAUGACAUUCAGUUCGUUCCUUGUCAUCCUGUUAAAAACUGAAAUAAGACAAAAGCUGUUUUUUAAAGACUAAAUAGAAGAAGAAAAAAGUAACUUUGCAACGGAACAAAUCUGAGAGGGAACACAUUAUUUUUCUAAAGAUCGAGUUAUGAAAUGUAUUAAAAUAGAUGCUACGUUAGUUAUGUGUCUGUCAGUAUUUGGCCGUGAGCAGCGACGUGUCGAAGGUUCUUGGGACGCGAGUCUGAAGCCAUAUAUUUAACCUGGAGACGUAUGACAUCACAUUAGUUGGCGAUGAUGUCAUCCGUGCCGGUCCUGAUGCGACUCGCUCUCCUCACUCCCGAGGGCCUCGUGUUCCCUCGCUCUUUAUUAAGUGCCUUCGUAGACUUUACCCAGUAUUAUAACUGUUCGUCGUUUCCCCUGACGCACUUCACCGAUUGAAUAAUUUAUCAGAGCAUUUAGAGUCCUUCACGCCACACGAGUCUUUUAUUUUGUUGACGUGCUCCGGCGCGCCUCAGACCAGAGGGACCGCUCCACGGCGCCGUCUGCUCCCGCUCACGUUGUACGUUUCACUGCAGCGUCGCCACGGCAACAUGUAAAAGAGAUUUAUAUUCAAUAAAGCCAGUUUUCAGUGAAA